UUGUUUAUUCGAAAUAAAAGAAAAAACCUUAAAGAAGAACAGCAAAAAUUGAGAGGAGUGAAGAUGGCCGGUUCUUGUUCAAUUACAGUUUGUGGCGUUCUACCCAUCUUACCUCGUCGUCGAACCCGCUUCAAAACCACUAGUCUUUCAAAUUUCCAUUCUCAAAUUCUUUCCUCCAACUCUUGUUUGAGUCCAACCACUAAAUAUCUAUUGCCAAAACUCCAAAUUAGCGGGAUAAGAAACCGGAAUUCCCAUGCUGUACCCAUCAUCUUCGCUGCUCAAUCAAAUAUCAUUCGAGCCAUUCAGAAAGUUUUCAAAGUUGGCAAAGACGGAGUUGAGGCAGGAACCAAUCUUGUGCCAGAUUCUGUUCCGAGACCAGUUGCAAGGCUGUCUGUAACAGUAGUUGCUGCUGCUCUUUCUCUUUUUGUGCUUCGGUCGUUCGUGUCUACAGUUUUCUUCGCACUGGGUUUCAUGGGCUUUGUGUAUUUCAUUUAUCUUGCCCUGAACAAGGACAAAGGACCCAGGGUGGAUGACAAGCCUGGUUCUACGGAUGAAGCUAUAGAAAAUGCUAAAAAGAUCAUGGAUAAAUACAAAUAGGUUGCAAGCAUAACAGUACCUCUUCUGUAUUCUGCUAUUAUUUUGAAACGUAAAUAUGUAGUUUGUUUGAAGAAUAUGUGGAUCCCAGGAAUCAUGAAUCUGCUAUAAAUUGUCUAGCCGAAGCAUGGAAACUGGGGAUUUUUCUUCGGAAAAUGACUGAGACUCUGAGAGUCCAAUCGCUAGGGGUAAAUACUUGAUUAUGACACGGGCAUCACACAUAUUUUGAGUGAAAUUUCUUUGGCAGAACCAAUGUUUCUCCCU